AGGGUUUAAAUGCCUCCAGAGGAGAGAGGAGCCAGCAACAGCACAAAAAGCCUUCAAAGCAACAACUACUUGGGAGUAAAAUAAAAAGAAACAAGGGCUAAACAUUACAACAAACUAGAAAGGAUACAAGAAGAUAAUAACACAGAGAGAUGGAGCUGACACAGGUGCGCAGUGAGGAACCUCUUCUCCAAAAUGUGCAAAGAAGCAGGACAUCGUGCUUUCACUGGCUCAGCGUCUGCUCCUUCGUCCUGUUAUUGGGGACCACCGUCAUCUUAGCCCUGCUUCACUUUGAGGUCAUCAAAACUGAAAAGAAGGUUGACAAUGAACUACCAGAAGUCCUUCAAAUCAAGAAUUAUUUAGAAUCCGUACCACAAACCCAAGCCAUGAAAGGAAAGAGGGCAGCUGCUCAUCUGAUAGGGAAAAAGGUGCAUAAACAUAUAGAAUGGCAACCGAAAUCCAUCAAUGCCUUCAAAGAUGGCAACAUCAAGCUUGAGAAGAACUCUUUGAAAAUUGAAGAAGAUGGCCUUUAUUUUGUUUACACCCAAGUGGUGUUCACUGGGGAAAAAUGCCAGAAAAAUGCCAGAGAGCUCAGCCACUCAGUGCUUAAAAAGAGCUAUUCUGACGAUGAGUCUAUGGUGAUCCUCAAAUCCAGUAAGUCAGUGUGUGAGGUGGAAUCUAAUUCCUCCUGGACCCAACCCAUAUAUCAAGGAGGGAUUUUCAAACUUGAAGAAGGAGACAUCAUUUCCACCGAAACUUCAAAUAGUGAAUUUCUGGACACCUACCAUGGACAAGUCUACUUUGGGAUCCUUGCCGUAUGACAGGGCCAUACCGUCCCUGAUGAAGAACCAUCAAAGUUUCAAAGCUGAAUGCAAUUAGGAACUGAAUUUGGAAAGUUAACUUGGUGGUAACUUCAUAUCUUGAAUCUUGCACCCCUAUCACUUGUAGCAUAUACUGGAGAUGACCUGCCGUGUUUACAAUCCAUGAACUAACUCAUGGGCGGAUGGGUCCUGCCCAUGGAACAUCUUUUGUUCUCCUUUGGCACAAGUUUUAAGAAAGUGGGUCAUAUCAGACUUUAUGAAAGUUCUCGAUCUACAAUGAAGACUCCAUUGUAGCCAUUAUUUAAUAAUGUUAUUUUAUAGUUUUAUAUUAAGUAUUUAUCUAUUUAUUUAUUUAUUUAAAAGCUAUAUUUUUGGGUUUUGAUGUCUAUGUCUUUGAUACGAUGUGCAAAUGCAUACAAUGUAUGUACUGUAAGUCCAUUUCUUUGAUAUGUGACCUUAGAAGCGAUGAGGACCUACAGCUCACAUCAAGACCCAGACAGAUCAAGGUUUUGACCUGGAAUUACUGUAGUAUAAUCAUCUCGUACAGGAAGUGUGAUACUUCCCGAAUGACCUGGUUUGCAUGUGAUUAUUCAUGUCGUAAUAACUGGGAAAUAACAUUUCAAGAAGCUAUACUUACCCCUAUGGGGCAUCGCUGAACCGUUCAUGGUGACAUCUGAGAUUUCUAUGUAUUGUAUUUUUAUUUAUUUUUUUGUUAAAAACAUGGAUGACCUAUUGUUGUGACAGGAAUCCAAAAUGAAAUGUCUAUUGCUGAGCAAUGUAGGCUAUGCCUUGCUGUCAUGUAACACUAUCCAAGCCUGGAAAGGCUAUACUGUUACGGGGGCCGAUUUUACGGCUUCCUCUUUCCACACUUCUGUGAUUGUUCUCUUUCUGAUUCUGAAUACUUUCCUUUGUAUUGGAAAUAUUAAUUUUCUACAUUUUGUAUGUAUUUUGGCAUACACAUUAAAUAAAAAAUG